AUGUCUCGUCACCAGUUAGACCUCGUCAUGUGCAUGAAGCAGCCUGGUGUUCACAUCGGUCUGUUAUGUGAAAAGUGCGAUGGCAAAUGCCCGAUAUGCGACUCGUAUGUCAGGCCAAAGCGAAAAGUAAGAAUUUGUGAUCAAUGCUCGUUCGGUAAGACUGGCACUAGCUGCAUCAUAUGUGGUUUACCAGGCGUGACGGAAGCAUACUACUGCUGGGAGUGUUGUCGAUUGGAAAAGGAUCGUGACGGAUGCCCUCGAAUAAUAAACGUAGGAAGCAAUAGGACGGAUAAGCAUUUCGAGAAAAAGGUCACUGUCAAUAAAGAGCGAUGA